CUGGUUACAAAUACAGCCUGGUUCAUUCGGCCUCUGACAUUUUAGGAAGCUGUGCUGUGGGCGCUUCUGAAUCGCCUCCCCCGGGCUCCUCCUCCCCUCCUCAGAGGGCACACCCCCCUCAGCUCCCCCUGCCCUGGUGGCCAGAGCCGCUCAGCCCCCUCUCCAAGUCAGGAGCAGCCUGCCUGCUGGGCAGGUCGAGGCGAGGGCCCCAAAGGACUGAGAGGAUGGGGAACUUGCUGCCAAGGGAAAACAGGUGGCAGCAGAACACUCAAGAAACACCCUGGAAUCUGAGAAGUCAAAGCCCCAAACUGAGACUAUCCAGAUGCUCGGACUGCCACAUCGCUGAGGGGUGUUUCUGCCUUCCGUGGAAAAAAAUACACAUUUUUGAAGCACGACAAGACUCCCGAAAGCAAAAUGAAGAAACAUCAUCUGCUCCCAUUCAGCAAGAGAAUGGUGACCAGGGCUCCUCGGAGGAUCUGUGCUACACCCUCAUCAAUCACAGCGUCCUUGGGAAAAGGCCGUCGGGGAUCUCUGCUGAAGAAUCCUAUGAGAAUGUUUCCCUCAAGGCUGAGAGGCCCAGAGCAUCGCUGGGAGGAACCGAGACUGAGUACUCACUCCUUCGCGUGCCCUCCGCCCCUAAGCACCCAUCCUCCCCAGAGGACGAGUAUGAACUUCUCAUGCCCGGCGGAACCUUGCCUCACUCCCUGAGACAGUCACGCCCACUCGCGCCCCCUCCUCAGGCUCAGUUUUCUCAUCUCUGAUGAAGCGACUGGACCAACGCUUAAUUUGCUGAUGCUCCGUCGCUCAGUCGUGUUCGACUCCAUGGACUGAAGCACGCCAGGCUUCCCUGUUCUUCACCAGGUCCCGGAGCUUGCUCAAACUCUUGUCCAUUGAGUCAGUGAUGCCAUCCAACCAUCUCACCCUCUGUCUCCCCUUCUCCUCCUGCCUUCAAUCUUUCCCAGCAUCGGGGUCUAUUCUAAUGAGUCGGAUCUUUGUACCAGGUGGCCAAAGUAUUGGAGCUUCAGCCUCAGCAUCAGUCCCUCCAAUGAAUAUUCAGGAUUGAUUUCCUGUAGGAUUGACUGGUUUGAUGUCCUUGCACUCCAAGGGACUCCCAAGA